AUGGCUAAAAUGAGUUCUGGUUUUAUCUUGUUCGUGUCGAUGAUGUUUCUCAUCUCUUCAUUGUCGUGUGGUUACAAGUUUAAGGUUGGUGGAAAAGAUGGAUGGGCUGUGAAGCCCUCUGCAGGUUAUGCUCAGUGGGCUCAUUCACUAAGGUUUCAAAUCAACGACUCACUUUAUUUUAAGUAUGAUAAAGCAUAUGAUUCAGUGUUGGUGGUAAAUGAAAAAGAGUAUUAUUCAUGUAACACAAAGAAUCCGAUCAAGAAGUUUGAAGGGGGAGAAUCGACCGUUAAUUUGGAUAGAUCUGGUUCCUUUUACUUCAUCAGUGGAAAUGUUGAGAGUUGUGGAAAGGGUGAAAAGUUGGCUGUUCUUGUUUUGUCUCCAAGACAUGGCCACAAGAAUCAUGGUCCUGCAAAAUCACCGUGGGUUGCACCGGUUCAAUCGCCUGCACCAUCAUUGAAGGCUCCCGCACCAAGUUGGACUGCUCCUGCGCCAGGUUAUAAGGCUCCAUCUCCAAGUGCACCAGGUUGGACUGCUCCCGCACCAGCAUGGAAGGCUCCUGCACCAGGUUGGACUGCUCCUGCACCACAUUCGAAGGCUCUCUCACCAGGUUCAAAGGCUCAUGCUCCCGUGCCAGGUUGGAAGGUUCCUGCACCUGAAUCUCCUGCACCAGGGUGGAAGGCUCCAACGCCUUCAUGGACCGCUCCUUCACCCGGAUCGACCGCUUCUGCACCAAAUGCCCCUUCACCCGGUUCGACCGCUCCUGCACCAAAUGCCCCUUCACCCGGUUCGACCGCUACCACACCAAGUGCCCCUGAAUGGAAUGCUUCGGCACCAAGCCAACGGAAUGCUCCUGCACCAUCUCCUCGCUCUAGUGGUUCUUCAAAUUUGAGUGUUUCUCAUUGUGUCAUUCUUGCUGUGGCUUUGGUCUUAGCCAGCUUUGUUUUUUAG